AUGAAGCCGAUAACGGCAGCAUUUCUUCUCGGCGCCGUCCCGGCUAGCCAGGCAGCGUUGCAGGUUGUUCCUGGGGCGACGUGGACUGCAUCAAACACAGGACGCCAUGUACAAGCACAUGGCGCCGGAAUAAUAGAAGACGGAGGCAAGUUCUACAUGAUCGGAGAAGACAAGACCAAUGGCUCCGCGUUCCAAAAUAUCAACUGCUACUCCUCCUCGAACCUGGUUGAGUGGACGUUUGAGAAUGCGCUGCUCACGCAGCAAUCCUCCGGCGAUCUGGGACCGAGCCGUGUGGUUGAGCGACCCAAAGUCAUCCGCAACGCUUCGACCGGCAAAUAUGUCAUGUAUAUGCACAUCGAUAGCAGCAACUAUGGCGAAGCAAAGGUUGGCGUGGCCGUUUCCAACACAGUAUGCGGCAAAUACGAGUACCGAGGUAGCUUUCAGCCGCUGGGUUUCCAAUCUAGAGACAUGGGGCUCUUCAAGGAUGAUGAUGGCUCCGCCUAUCUCCUGACCGAGGACCGGGCCAACGGCCUUCGUAUUGAUGCCUUGAGCUCCGACUACCUGUCGGUGACAAGAAACGUCUAUACCUGGAGUGAGAAGAUUGAAUCUCCAGCGAUUUGGAAGACAAACGGCCGCUACUUCAUGUUUGGCUCUCAUCUUACAGGAUGGGACCCAAAUGAUAAUGUAUACAGCUAUGCCACAUCUCUGUCCGGACCCUGGUCAUCCUGGGCCAAUUUCGCCGACUCGGGCUCGAACACCUAUAGCUCGCAAACGUCAUACAUACUCCCGUGGAACGCUACGACGGCGAUAUACAUGGGCGACCGUUGGCAUUCGACGAAUCUGAAGCGAAGCACCUACAUCUGGCUGCCGCUCGAGCUCUCCGGUACCACCAGCGUGUGGCUGAGGAACCGGGAGAGUUGGGUCCCCGAUGUCGCAUCAAGGCGAUGGUCUGCUGCACCAAGCGAAUCGGCCUACGAGGCAGAGGCCGGGACCCUGUCCAACGGUGCUGUUACAGUCAGUUGCUCCGGAUGUAGCGGUGGCACAGCGGUGGGCUACAUCGGCGGAAGCAGCGGGGGAACGCUCAGACUGAGCGGUUUGAGCAGCGGCGCGACUUCUCGAGCGACGCUCAAGGUGAGAUAUGCAAACGGCGACAGCGGGGAGCGGUACGGCAGCGUCAAUGUCAACGGGGUGAGCCAGAGCAUCGCCUUCCUCCCGACAAGCAGCGGCCAGAGCGCAGGCACCAGCGCUGUGCAUGUGAACUUGAAUUCGGGCAGCGGGAACACCUUUCAGAUCACCGGGCUGAAUGGCCAGUACGGUCCCGAUGUCGACCGGGUUUUGAUUCCUGCAAGCUAA